AGCAGCGAUCGGCAGCGCCGUUCCGGGGCCAUGGUGCCCUUGGGCAGCCCCACUCUCGCCGUGUGCGCCUCCAGCAACCUGCGCCUCAUGGCCCCGGGCCGCGGUUCGCCGCUGGCCUGGCUGAACCGGGGCCCCGAGUGCCCGGGGGGCAGCGGCGGCCGCAGGGCCAGCGCCGUGGAGCGCCUGGAGGCCGACAAGGCCAAGUACGUGAAGUCGCAGCAGGUGAUCAGCCGGCGGCAGGAGCCGGCGCUGCGCGGCUCGCCCAGCGCCUCUCCCCGCGGGCGGCGCCGCCUGGCCCGGCAGCAGUGCGGGGAGCGGCCCGAGCUGCCGUGCCCGCAGUCCCCGGUGUCCCGCCGCAGCGGCAGCCGCCGCCUGCUCAGACCCGACUCGCUCAUCAUCUACCGCCAGAAGCGGGACUGCCUGGGCGGCGACAAGGAGAACGCCAAGGGCUCCGGGCUGGUGCGGCGCCUCUUCCAGGGACCCCUGAGAGCCACCCCGCCCAGCUCGCCCCCCGCCAGGCGGAGCCCCCGGGCCCCGGAGACCCCCAUGCUGUGGGCGCCCGCCGAGAAGGAGGAGACGCGGACAGCGGGAGGGGACAGCAGCGGUGACAGCGGCGGUGACAGCGGCGGCAUCUUGCCCGCGCCCGCCGAGCAGCCGCCCGGUGCCCCCGGGAAGGAGCCGCUGGCUCUGCGCGUGUCGCUGCCGCUGUCGGAGCAGGAGCGCUUCUUCAACUACUGCGGGCUGGACCGGGCGCUGGUGGAGCUGCUGGGCCGGAGGCGCUUCGGGCCCGCGGGCUGGGACAGCGGCUUCGGCCGGGCCGGCUGCGAGUCCGAGCCCGGCCGGGCCUCGGGGGCAGCGAGGGGACGCGGGCCGGGCGAGGAGGAGCCGGACGCCCGGGCGGGCUCCGCGGUCUCGGUGGUGGAGCGCAACGCCCGGGUCAUCAAGUGGCUCUACGGCUGCCAGAGAGCCUGGGCGGCUGCCAAGGAGUCCACGGUGUGAGCGGGGACAGCCCGGCCGGGACCGGGACACCCGCGGGGCUCCUGCUGGCCGGACCGGGCCCCGAGCCCCCGCGGGAUAUGGCCCAGGGGCUGGGGGCACCCC